AUGGAAAAUGUAGAAAGCGGUAAUUUGGCAAUAGGAAGGGCUCAUGAACCACAAGAAGAAGCUAAUCAGCCCCUGACGCAAGAAAAUUCCAAACCUAAAAUGAACGUAAAAGACUAUGGUACAGCGGUUGCAACAAAUGAAAAACCUGAUUUACAGAAUCGCAGUACAUACGAACUUCAUCUUAGUCAGCCGGCUCGAGGUCUAACACACUUACAAAAGUUAAUAUGGCUUCAAAACAAACGAACCAAAGGUCUGUGGGCGCAAUGCGAUGAAUGUGAUAAAUGGAGAUACUUACCAGAUAUACUAGAUAGAUAUGAACUACCAAAGAAGUGGUUCUGUAGAAUGAAUUCGGACAAAUCUCUAGCAAGUUGCUCAGCACCAGAAUCUCCAAUACUCUUGCAUGAUGAAGAGGAUUUGAUUCAUAAUGAGUAUUCUGCGGGUUCGUUAGUUCUAGCCAGGAUCCCCGGCUGGCCGUGGUGGCCUGCUAUGGUAGAUGAUUGUCCAGAUACUGAACAAUUCUACUGGCUGGACGGAUUCUCUGAUAUACCAACACACUACAACGUGGUUUUCUUCGAUCAAUAUGACGUGACCAGAGCCUGGAUAGAUCCUCUACAUCUGAAACCUUAUUCCAAACAAAAAAAUGUUAUUAAAAUAUUAAACAAUAAGAAAUACAGGGAUCGCUUAGAAGCAGCUAUAUCACAAGCUAAUGAUGCUGAAACAUUGCCUCUUGUGGAGCGUUUGAAAAAAUAUAGUUUUAUAUGGAGGUACAAAGGGCCUAUCGUAAAACCGAGGGCCGUCUCGAGAAAAUAUAAGGAAAAAUAUCAAAAACAGUUCAAAAGGAAAUAUAACAUCGAUUUGGUCGAUGAUUCCUCAGAGUCUGAGAGUGAUAGUGAUAGUAAUAAUAACGUUGUACCUAAUAAAAUAGAAGAUUCUAUGAUGUCCAAAAAAAGGUUGGGAAUUAAAGAAUACGGCGCAAAGAAAAAAUGUGACCACCCAGUUGAGAAAGAUUCCAAUACUUUGGUCCAAGAAACGGAAAAAUGUGAUUCAACUCAAGAAACUGUUACACAUGGAAGUUCAGAAACAAAUAUUGUUAAGGAAACCGUAAACAAAUUUGAAACACCUAGAACUGGAAUUGAUGAAAAUCGAGAAAAAUCUCCGGCCAGUGAUGAUUUUGAUUUUUAA